UAAACAACCAAGAACCCUAAACUCCUUCCUGUUUUCCAACCGCACCUGCCUCCCUCGAGACGAAAAUGGGUGCCUUCAGGUUUCACCAGUACCAGGUUGUCGGAAGAGCUCUCCCGACAGAGAAGGAUGUUCAACCCAAGAUUUACCGGAUGAAGCUCUGGGCCACCAACGAGGUUCGCGCCAAGUCCAAGUUCUGGUACUUCUUGAGGAAGCUCAAGAAGGUCAAGAAGAGUAAUGGUCAGAUGCUCGCCAUCAACGAGAUCUUUGAGAAGAACCCGACAACGAUCAAGAACUUUGGAAUCUGGCUGAGGUACCAGAGCAGGACUGGGUACCACAACAUGUACAAGGAGUUCCGUGACACCACCUUGAACGGUGCCGUUGAGCAGAUGUACACCGAGAUGGCGUCCCGACACCGUGUGAGGUUCCCUUGCAUCCAGAUCAUCAAGACUGCGACUGUUCCGGCCAAACUUUGCAAGAGGGAGAGCACCAAACAGUUUCACAAUAGCAAGAUCAAGUUCCCAUUGGUUUUCCGUAAGGUGAGACCACCAACCAGGAAGCUCAAGACCACCUACAAGGCCUCUAAGCCCAACUUGUUUAUGUAAUGAAGUUGUCCUAUCUGCUGCUUUUGCUUCUUUCUCGGAUAUUUUUGUGUACUUUAGGCCUAUCAAUGGAACUAAACUCGACGUUCUUUGGAUUUUGUGGUUUUUAUUACUUCAUGCUUAUGAAAAACACCUUUUGUUUCUUA